UAUAUAGGUCCCGGCCUGGCGCGCACGCGGAACCUGAGUGCUGCGGCUACGGCGCAGACCGGGCGAGUUUCCCAGAAGGACGCCGGUUCCUUGCUCUUGCUGGCCCCUGCGAGGUAGCUUCUGGAAGGCGCUGCUCUUCCGGUUCUCUGUCCCGGUUCCUGGGUUGCACAGACAGACCCUGUAAACAUGUCAGGGUUCAGUCCGGAGCUCAUCGACUACUUGGAAGGGAAAAUCUCCUUCGAGGAGUUCGAACGGCGGAGAGAAGAGAGAAAAACCCGCGAGAAGAAAAGUCUUCAAGAAAAAGGAAAGUUAUCAGCUGAAGAAAAUCCCGAUGACUCUGAAGUUCCAUCAUCAUCAGGAAUUAACUCUACCAAAUCCCAAGACAAAGAUCUCAAUGAAGGAGAAACAUCAGAUGGAGUGAGUAAGUCAGUUCACAAGGUCUUUGCUUCCAUGCUUGGAGAGAAUGAUGAUGAUGAGGAGGAAGAGGAAGAAGAAGAGGAGGAGGAGGAGGAGGAAGAAACACCUGAGCAACCCACUGCGGGCGAUGUAUUUGUAUUGGAGAUGGUUCUCAAUCGUGAAACCAAGAAAAUGAUGAAAGAGAAAAGGCCUCGGAGUAAACUUCCCAGAGCUCUGAGAGGUCUCAUGGGUGAAGCCAACAUUCGUUUUGCUCGAGGAGAACGUGAAGAGGCGAUACUGAUGUGCAUGGAAAUCAUAAGACAAGCUCCUCUGGCUUAUGAGCCAUUCUCUACUCUUGCCAUGAUAUAUGAGGACCAAGGUGACAUGGAAAAAUCAUUGCAGUUUGAGUUGAUUGCUGCACAUUUAAAUCCCAGUGACACAGAAGAAUGGGUUAGACUGGCAGAAAUGUCUCUGGAACAAGACAAUAUUAAGCAGGCUAUUUUUUGCUAUACAAAAGCUCUUAAAUAUGAACCUACUAAUGUCCGUUAUCUGUGGGAGCGAUCAAGCCUUUAUGAACAGAUGGGUGAUCAUAAAAUGGCCAUGGAUGGUUAUAGGCGUAUUUUAAACCUUUUGUCUCCAUCUGAUGGCGAACGUUUUAUGCAGCUGGCUAGAGAUAUGGCAAAGAGUUACUAUGAAGCUAAUGAUGUUACUUCUGCUAUUAACAUAAUUGAUGAAGCUUUCUCAAAACACCAGGGCCUAGUCUCCAUGGAAGAUGUUAACAUAGCAGCUGAACUAUAUAUUUCUAACAAACAGUAUGACAAAGCUUUGGAGGUAAUUACAGAUUUUUCUGGAAUUGCGCUGGAAAAAAAAACUUCAGAAGAAGGCACCUCAGAAGAGAAUAAAGCUCCUGAGAAUGUUACCUGCACUAUACCUGAUGGCGUACCAAUAGAUAUCACAGUGAAGUUGAUGGUCUGCCUUGUACAUCUCAACAUUCUUGAACCACUUAAUCCUCUCUUGACAACACUAGUAGAACAGAAUCCUGAAGAUAUGGGAGACCUAUACCUAGAUGUUGCUGAAGCUUUUCUGGAUGUUGGUGAAUAUAAUUCUGCACUUCCCCUCCUCAGCGCUCUUGUUUGCUCUGAAAGAUACAACCUUGCAGUAGUUUGGCUUCGUCAUGCAGAAUGUUUAAAGGCCUUAGGCUAUAUGGAGCGAGCUGCUGAAAGCUAUGGCAAGGUGGUUGAUCUGGCCCCACUGCAUUUGGAUGCAAGGAUAUCACUUUCUACCCUUCAGCAGCAGCUGGGCCAGCCUGAGAAAGCUCUGGAAGCUCUGGAACCAAUGUAUGAUCCAGAUACUUUAGCACAGGAUGCAAAUGCUGCACAGCAGGAACUGAAGUUAUUGCUUCAUCGUUCUACUCUGUUGUUUUCACAAGGCAAAAUGUAUGGUUACGUGGAUACCUUACUUACUAUGUUAGCCAUGCUUUUAAAGGUAGCAAUGAAUCGAGCCCAAGUUUGUUUGAUAUCCAGUUCCAAGUCUGGAGAGAGGCAUCUCUAUCUUAUUAAAGUAUCAAGAGACAAAAUAUCAGACAGCAAUGACCAAGAGUCAGCAAACUGUGAUGCAAAAGCAAUAUUUGCUGUGCUCACAAGCGUCUUGACAAAGGAUGACUGGUGGAAUCUUCUGUUGAAGGCCAUAUACUCCUUAUGUGACCUAUUCCGAUUUCAAGAGGCUGAGUUGCUUGUAGAUUCCUCAUUGGAAUAUUACUCAUUUUAUGAUGACAGGCAAAAACGCAAAGAACUAGAAUACUUUGGUCUGUCUGCUGCAAUUCUGGACAAAAAUUUCAGAAAGGCAUACAACUAUAUCAGGAUAAUGGUAAUGGAAAAUGUCAAUAAACCCCAGCUCUGGAACAUUUUCAAUCAAGUUACCAUGCACUCCCAAGAUGUACGACAUCAUCGCUUCUGUCUCCGUUUGAUGCUGAAAAACCCAGAAAAUCAUGCCCUAUGUGUCUUAAAUGGACACAAUGCAUUUGUAUCUGGUAGUUUUAAGCAUGCUCUUGGACAGUAUGUGCAAGCCUUUCGCACUCACCCUGAUGAACCUCUCUAUAGCCUCUGCAUAGGCCUAACCUUUAUUCAUAUGGCGUCUCAGAAGUAUGUGUUACGGAGACAUGCUCUUAUUGUACAGGGCUUUUCCUUUCUUAAUCGAUACCUCAGUUUACGUGGGCCCUGCCAGGAAUCAUUCUACAAUUUGGGCCGUGGCCUUCAUCAGUUGGGGCUGAUUCAUCUUGCAAUCCACUAUUAUCAGAAGGCCCUGGAGCUCCCUCCACUUGUGGUAGAGGGUAUAGAAGUUGACCAGUUAGACUUACGAAGAGAUAUUGCCUACAACUUGUCUCUCAUUUAUCAGAGCAGUGGGAAUACCGGAAUGGCUCAAAGGCUCUUGUAUACCUAUUGUUCUAUAUAAAGCACCGCAACUGAGAACGGAGCAAUGGCAGCUGCUGUGUGAGGACCAGUAUCUUCUGUCUCAGGGCUUAUUAUUAUUUGUAACUCCAAAAUAGAAAUGACAAUUUCAGAAUUACCUAACAGUGUAUUUAUUUUUAAUAUGUGAUAAUGAUCUUGUGGUAUAUAUGCAAAAUUAUUCCUACAAAAAUUUGUAUAUUGUUCUGUCAUUUUCCUUUCACAUUCUAUAGUGAAUUGUUCCCAGUGCUGAAAUGGACAUAUAAGCCUUUGAGCUAGCUUGGAGUUGAAUACACUAUUUUUCACUCA